GGACUCAACCGCUGUGUUGAAAGACUGAAGGGACUUUUUUUUUUCCACGUACCAGGAAUUCUUCUCUCCCCAAACAAUAUCCAGCAACAUGACCUCUAAUUCCAAUUUGUCCAACAUGCGACGGCUGGUAGAACAACUGAAGCUUGAGGCCAGUGUGGAACGAAUCAAGGUGUCCCAGGCGGCUGCAGAGCUCCAGCAGUACUGUCUGCAGAACGCAGGCAAAGACGCUCUGCUGGUGGGAGUCCCCACAGGCAGCAACCCCUUCAGAGAACCACGCUCCUGUGCUGUAGUGUGAAGAGGAAGAAGAAGUGGACACAUCUGUGGCAUCUUACUCACAGAAGAAAAGAAUUGUGGGGUUUUUUUUAGCCAUUUUUAUACGAUUUUAAUGUCGUGUUUGUUAAGAAAAACACAUGAAAACUGAUUUUUUUUUCAAACAAAUGUUUUGUUUUACUGCAUCGGUGUAUAGCAGUUCAAAUGUUUUUACACAUUAAAGGGCAUUAUGUAA